CGAAAAAACUCCUGCUAUCUCCAGCUUCAAAUUCCCUUGCUAGCUGAACUCCCAAAAUCCAGGUAGUGCGCUACUCCAACACCACCCACUCACCACACACUCUUCCAUACCUGAUUCUCAGUACUCGAACAAUUCCCCACUUAUCAGCCAUUUAAUCUUCUACGAGAUCCUUGGAAAGCUCCUCGACAAGAGUCACUAUGGUGUACUUUGAGCAGCAUGUCGUGCUGCCACCAGCAACUGAAACGCGCGUCGACCAGAUGCUUGAAAUCAUCGGCGCCAUCUACCUAGAAAUCUCAAGAGUGAAUACAACAGUUGCUGCUGAAACACUCAAGUCUGUAGAGAAGACUCUUAUGACUAUCGAGAAGACGUUCGCAGACACAGACACAACUGUCGCUGUUGACCUACUCAAGUCUGCGAAAACGACCUUCGUGGCUAUCGAAAAGACAUUCGCGAAUUUGGAUCCAAUCUAUGCUCGCGCCGAUCUCUUCAUUCACCACGUUGGCAAUUUGACGACCUUGUUGGUACUGCUCCUACUCCUACUGAUAGUCAUGGCGGUUCUGAAUACGGUUCUGUGUUACUUGAUGUGGCAGAAGAACGGUGGUAUGAAGUGCCAGUGCAUAAGAGAUGAAGCAAAGAAGCUCAAAUAGGAUGGAGAAAGUAUAUGAAAACCGAGAACGGGUGCAGUCGAAACGCGCAUUAACAAGGAUAUUUGUGGUGGUGUUUGAUGGUAGACAUCUCUCCAUCUUUCGCCAGAAUGGAGUAUCUGGUACCUAUCUUUCCCAACAACUAGCUGGUAGCGGUAAAUUUUCACUUUUGUUAUUCUUGUCCCGCAGUCUUAAUGUCAUCUGUUGCCUGAUACACUCCUUGACUUUGUUCUUUCUCAGGUGCAGGCCAUGUAUCUCUCUUAUCUCAUGAUUUCCCCAUGCUCACCUACAG